GCCCGGAGAGCUCGGGCAGGGGGGGCUUCGCUCCAAGGCGGCUCGGGCUUCCCAGGGCGGCCGCCCAGGCGGCAGGAAGGGCUGUGAGGCGGCGGCUCCGGCGAGGAGGACGAAAGGGAAGAGGAAGAGGCCGGGAAGCAGCCGCGGCAGCAGCAGCGGAAGGAGCCCAGGGCUGCAGUGGGAUGCCAUGGCGAAUGCCUUGGGCAGCGAGGACGACAGCUUCAUGGCCGUGGACCCUGAUGACACCGUGGUAGGAGGCGGCCUGGAUCUGGAUGAAAGUCUCAGGGCCGGCGGCCAGGAGGAGCUGGAGGCAGCCCAGCCCUGCCGCUCCAUGCAGGAGCUCCCGGAAGAGGUGCUGGAGUACAUCCUGUCCUUCCUCUCACCGUACCAGGAGCACAAAACGGCUGCCCUGGUCUGCAAGCAGUGGUACCGCCUCAUUAAAGGCGUGGCCCAUCAGUGUUACCACGGCUUCAUCAAGGCAGUCCAGGAAGGGAACAUUCAGUGGGAGAGCCGCACAUACCCCUACCCUGGCACCCCCAUCACUCAGCGUUUUUCCCACAGCGCCUGUUACUACGAUGCCAACCAGUCCAUGUAUGUCUUUGGUGGUUGUACUCAGAGCAGCUGCAACGCAGCCUUCAACGAUCUCUGGCGGUUGGACCUGAACAGUAAGGAGUGGAUCCGGCCCCUGGCUUCAGGCUCGUACCCUUCUCCCAAAGCCGGGGCCACCCUGGUAGUGUACAAGGACUUGCUGGUACUGUUUGGAGGCUGGACACGGCCGAGCCCCUACCCCUUGCACCAGCCAGAGAGGUUCUUCGAUGAGAUCCAUACCUACUCGCCCUCCAAGAACUGGUGGAACUGUGUGGUGACGACCCACGGCCCCCCUCCCAUGGCUGGCCACUCCUCCUGUGUCGUACAGGAUAAGAUGGUGGUCUUUGGCGGGUCUCUUGGGUCCCGACAGAUGAGCAAUGAUGUCUGGGUGCUGGACCUGGAGCACUGGUCAUGGUCGAAGCCCACCCUCUCAGGGCCCAGCCCCCACCCGCGCGGGGGCCAGUCUCAGAUAGUCAUAGAUGAUGAAACCAUCUUGAUCCUGGGGGGCUGUGGGGGCCCCAAUGCACUCUUCAAGGAUGCCUGGUUGCUACACAUGAACCCCACCCCUCCGUGGACGUGGCAGCCCCUCAAGGUGGAGAAUGAAGACCAAGGAGCCCCCGAGCUGUGGUGCCAUCCAGCCUGCAAGGUGGGCCAGUGUGUCGUGGUCUUCAGCCAGGCUCCAAGUGGGAGGGCACCACUCAGCCCCAGCUUGAACUCCCGCCCAUCUCCCAUCAGUGCCACCCCACCUGCCCUAGUGCCCGAAGCGCGAGAGUACCGCUCUCAUUCGCCAGUUCGGACUGCGGACGAGGCCCCCUGUGUGAAUGGUCGGUGGGGCACCCUGAGGCCCCGAGGGCAGAGGCAGACUCCUUCUGGGUCUUGGGAAGGGAGCCUCUCCCCAGCCAGGGAAGACAGCUCCCCUGUGCUGAACGGAGGAGGCAGCAGCAGCAGCGGGGGCCUCUCUCCUGGCCCCACCACGCUUGGGGGCCGGGCGUCCCUUGACAGCCCCAUCCAGGCCCUCUCUCCCAGCACCUCUUCUGUCCUGGAAGGGUAUGACCUGAAGGUGGGCCUCCCCCUGCCACCACGAAGGGGCUCUCUCCCAGAUCCGAGGGACCUGCGUCUGGCCGCUGUGGAUUUGAACUGGGAGGCCAAGCCCCUUUCCCUGAUCAACCAGCUGGACGGGGGCUCUGAGAGCAGGACGAUCGGCUGCCUCGCCCUCGGGAACCCUCCAGAGCAGACAAAUGGCAUCCACACUCCGCCCUCGGUCAGCAGUUCUCUGGCAGGAGCCGUGUCGCCUGGUGCCCUGAGGAGGAGCCUGGAGGCAGUGAAAGCCCUCUCCUCAAAAGCUCCCCCCGCUGUGGCCGUUUGCAGCCCCCCCUCCAUCUCCUCGCCGGGAUCCCCAGGCAGCCAGGGUGGCAGCAGUGGCACCACUGAGGCAGCAGCAGCAACCGGAGUGGCACCGGCCGCCCCUCGCCCUGCCUCGGCCCAGGGCGAUGGGCACGCCUUACCACCCAUCGCCCGCCGGCUCGGCCACCACCCACCCCAGUCUUUGAACGUGGGCAAACCGCUGUACCAGAGCAUGAACUGCAAGCCCAUGCAGAUGUACGUCCUGGACGUGAAGGACAUCAAGGCCCGGGGCCGGGUCCAGUGGAAAGCCUUCAGCAGCAGCUCGGUGGUGGGUCCGCCGGAGACAAGCCUGCAUACAGUGGUGCAGGGCCGGGGCGAGGUGAUCAUCUUUGGCGGCCUCAUGGACAAGAAGCAGAACGUCAAGUACUAUCCGAAAACAAACGCCUUGUAUUUCGUGCGAGCAAAAAGAUAAUGCGGACUUGCUCUUCGCCGCCGCCCCCGCCAUCCAGUCUCUCAGCACCUUCUGUGGAGCCAGUGCGUCCCCUCCCUUUGCACUCUGUGAAGCAGGCUGUGAACUUGGGGUCUUCCCAUUAAUAAAUACUUCUGAGCAAAUGGCAGCA